AUGGACGGCGGAGGAGGACGACCGGGCGGCGGUGCUCCCCAACAAACCGGCGCUGCCUCCGUCGGCGUCCGGAUCCACAGCACCCGCCGUCUGCCGGACUUCCUCCAGAGCGUCAACCUCAAGUACGUCAAGCUGGGGUACCACUACCUGAUCUCCCAUCUCCUCACACUCUGCCUCGUCCCCCUGAUGGCCGUCGUCACGAUCGAGGCCGCUCAGAUGAACCCCGACGACGUUCGCCUCUUGUGGCUCCAUCUGCAGUACAAUCUCGUCUCGGUCAUUAUCUUCUCCGCCUUCCUCGUCUUCGGAUCCACCGUCUACAUCAUGACCCGGCCCCGCCCCGUCUACCUCGUCGACUAUUCCUGCUACCGCCCUCCGGAGGCCCUCAAGGCGCCGUACGAACGGUUCAUGACGCACUCCAGAUUGACCGGAGAUUUCGACGAAUCCUCCCUCGAGUUCCAGCGCAAGAUCCUCGAGCGCUCGGGGCUCGGGGACGAGACCUAUGUCCCGGAGGCCAUGCACUUCAUCCCCCCACGCCCCUCUAUGCGCGCCGCCAGGGAGGAGGCCGAGCAGGUGAUGUUCGGGGCCCUCGACAACCUGUUUGCUGCCACCGGCGUGAAGCCCAAGGAGAUUGGGGUCUUGGUAGUCAAUUGCAGCCUGUUCAAUCCUACCCCAUCCCUGUCUGCCAUGAUCGUCAACAAGUACAAAUUGAGGGGAAACAUCAGGAGCUUCAAUUUGGGGGGGAUGGGGUGCAGUGCAGGCGUGAUUGCCGUGGAUUUAGCCAAGGACAUGCUUCAGGUCCACAGAAAUACAUACGCUGUCGUGGUCAGCACUGAGAAUAUCACCCAGAAUUGGUAUUUUGGGAACAAAAAAUCGAUGCUGAUACCCAAUUGUUUGUUUAGGGUUGGGGGUGCUGCUGUCUUGCUCUCGAACAAGGCCAGGGACAGGCGUAGGGCCAAAUACAAGCUUGUACACGUUGUUCGGACUCACAAAGGUGCAGAUGAUAAGGCCUUCCACUGCGUGUACCAGGAACAGGAUAGUAUGGGUAAAACUGGAGUUUCUCUAUCCAAAGAUCUAAUGGCUAUUGCUGGUGGUGCUCUGAAAACGAACAUAACCACCCUCGGCCCGCUGGUGCUCCCGAUUAGUGAGCAGCUCCUGUUCUUCGCAACCCUGGUGAUCAAGAAGCUCAUCAAGAAGAACGUGAAGCCUUACAUACCGGAUUUCAAGCUCGCGUUCGACCAUUUCUGCAUACACGCGGGUGGAAGAGCGGUUAUCGACGAGCUUGAGAAGAAUCUGCAGCUGCUGCCAGCCCAUGUGGAAGCUUCUAGAAUGACCCUGCACCGGUUUGGGAACACUUCCUCGAGUUCCAUCUGUUGUCCUUCAUCCUGCCUGAGCCACUUACCUUCCUCUGUCGCCACCGCCGUUUUCAGCCGCCGAGCUCAAAGUGUGCCGCCUCUAGCUGGGAGUAAAUUAACCACCAAUCGACCGCGCUGCUGCCCACCACUUGUCGUCGACCCGUCCAAGGAGACUGAUGAACGAGGAUGGAUCUAA